UGACUUGUUUGACUUGUAAUUAAAAGUAUUCGAAUUUUGGGUUUUUGGUUUUGUUUGGUCUCAUUUUCAGUGUAAAAUAGACCAAGGUGAUAAAUAAUAAUAUAUUGCUGUAAUAUCCCCUAGCUUUACGGUCCAUAAUAAUGGCAUUAUCGAUGUUUCUUCGUGCUCCAGCAUGCACAAGCCGGUUAUUUAGUCAGCAGCUGAGACAGCUGUCGACUCAAACAGUGCUGAACCCAGCCGUUUUAAGAUCAUCAGCAAGUGCCAUUCAGUUAAAAAAAGUCUCCUUGGUCCCUGAAGCAAAACCUAUUCUAAAAGCUGUGCGCUCCUUUCAAACAUCUUCAGUGAGGCUGUCUGGAGAGAAGGCACAUGACCAUACCAAGUUGUGGGUGAUUGAGAAGGUGACGGCCGCGGCUCUCGUACCACUCAUUCCAUUAUCUCUACUGAUGCCCAACAAGCUGUUUGACUCUGCUCUGGCUCUUUUGAUUGUUGCCCACAGUUUCUGGGGCCUGGAAGCCAUUGCUGUUGACUACGUGCGCGCCAGCAUAUUCGGUCCCAUCAUCCCCAAAAUCGCCAUCGCGCUAGUGUACCUCAUCUCCAUCGCGACCCUCGGCGGUCUGCUCUACAUCAUCACGCACGACAUCGGCCUCGCCAACACCGUCAAGCAGUUCUGGGCUAUCAAAUCCGAGCAGAAAGCGUAAAGACUAAAAACCGACUAUUCCUAAGCGUAUGAUGCUAUUCUGAAACUGUGGUUUAUUAGGGCUCCCACACAUAACUGCGAAUUCGCAUCGCAUCACAAACAUCUACGACAAAACUCAUAAUUAAAUAUUACAUCGCGAUGCGAAUUCACAGUUGUGUGGGAGCCCUUACCUCCAGCUGUUGCAACAAAGCUGCACAGGUGACAGAAGGGUGUAUAACACAAACAAACGAAAUGUAAGUCUAACCAGAAAUUAUAAUAUGACUGUGUUAGGAAGCGGCCGGUUGUAAAGAUAUAAAGGCAUAGCAGUCACGUAUUUUUUUUGGUUGGCACUCAUUCUUGCCAAUGUUUAUUUUGAUAUCGUCUAUUUACGCCCAGUUUAGCGUGGAACAGUUUCAGAUGUAGCGUCAUACGCGCUAUCGCUAGAUAUUAUGUACCGUGAUUUUAGUAUAAUUAGGUUACGUCAUACGAAAAAUAUUACAAGUUACAGAACAUACAACAAAUGAGAUGAGAACGUGUCUUACAAUGUGGUUUAUUUUUUAAUUUAGUCGAAAGUUAAU